AUGGUAGAUCUUCUGAAUGAAUCCUCAGACUCAAUUGUAUUGAUUGGAACCACUCGUUCAGCUGCAUCAGGACGCAUGCUAACCUGCAGCAACAGAGUUGAAUGUGUUUUAUCUCUUCGACUGCUUCGUCAGUUUCCAGAGUCUGUUUUGAUUCAGAUGUUUCCUAAAGGAAUCUCUCCUUCUUCUGUUCUGACACUGGCCGAGUUAGAUCUGAUUAGACCGUCUCUUGAGAUUCGACUUCGUUUGAUUCAAGAGAAUCGUCAUCGCAUUGGUAACAAUCUCAUUGUCCAGAGUGAGGAUCCUACAGAGAGUGUGUACUAUUCUUGUCUUGAUGAGUCGAAUAACUCGAGUUAUAUCACUCCUACACUGCUCAAGAAAGAUACUCUUCCACUACAUCAACCUACUACUAUCACUACCUGUCAUGCUCUUAAUUCACAACCCUCGUUUGCAUCAAUAUCCACCAACCCUUCGUUUUACUCCGAAUCCACUGACAACUCUUACUCAAGCGAUACCACUCAGCAUCCGUCUCAUAAUUGUACACCUGUCUCAUCUGCUCAUACCAAGACUGAAACUCUGCAUCAUCUUCAACUGUCUCUGUCAAAACACACUUGGAAAUCCAUUGACCAAAUACUAUUGUUUUUGAAUAUUCAUGCCAUGUUCGAAUGUCAAGCUGUGGGGUUAAAUUUCGCAGAAGGAUCCUCGACCGCAAAAGCUCGCAUCGCCAGCAUUCGUCAUAAAAAGAUGCUGUAUUUGGGCGUAGAUAUGCAUCUGCUCAAGUGCUUUGCUCAAUAUUUUGGUGCUCAUAUAAACGAUAAAUCUCUUUGCGGUUCUGCUAGUACGACCAUUUUCGAAAAGACAGUUUCCGAUCCUCCUCCCACUAUUUCAACACACUUUAAUUUACAUUGUGAUGCAUCACGUACUUCAGCACACAUUUAUGAACAGAUUGAUCCUUACUUUAUUAUUGAUAUGGAUCAAUCACCCCUUUCACCUACUCAUACUUCCAACUCAAUUGGUGAUAUCAAAAUCAAGUGUUUGCAAAGACUCAUGGAUGAGCUAAGUAUGAUAGAUAGUGGGUUUACCACACCCACUACUCACAAUCGGUCCUGUCGGCAUAUUGUCAUAAACUCUCUUGGCAGCGAGAUAGAGUUGAAGAAAACCCAGUGGAUGUAUCGACAUGUUGACCCAAAUGGAUUUCAUAUCCACUCUCAUGCAUUGUUUUCAGUAGAUAAUAUGUCUCUACAAUCCUGUUCUUCUAACCGUAUUCGUGAUGAUGACUCUACUCGAAAUGCAAAUGUUGAAUUGAACGAAAAGCGUGUCGAGCCUCCAUUGGAUAUCAUCAAACAGGCUGAACCCAAUGGUUCAAACAAGAUGCGACUCCAUGAUCCAGAAAACACAAGGAAUAGUACAGAGUUGUUGAUUGCUGCACGGGAAUCAGCCCAAGUCAGUUGGUGGGAACAUCGAACGAUUCGUAUGGAUUAUCCAGUAGAUAGGGUGAAUCCCCUGUCACCAACCAGCACGCUUGCUGAUACUAGACCAAAUCAAGAAACUCCCUUUGAAAAAAGAACAUCAUUACCCAUAUCCCAAGGACAUCCAAAUGAAGCACUACACCAACACACUCGAACCGUUUCAGCAACUCCAUCACCAUAUAACCACAACCAUGGUACCAACACACAAUCAGUUGGAACAAUAUCAGGGCAAUCCAGAAUAAACAGCAUGCCAGCAAUAACAACUGGAAAUACAUGGCUGCAACUGCCUUGUGGAUCCGAGCCUUUAAAACCUGAAUCGGCAGUAACAAAACAGGUAACGCGACUGGUGAACGAACUACAGUUUUGGAAAAAGUCACCAGGCCCAUUACUUCGCAUGCCCGCUCAUACUACCAAGAAUAGAGGAGUAAGAAUGCAAGAGCCAGUCCAAACUAUUGAAGAGUAUCGAUCAUUAUCUACCACUCCGAUGAUACAGGAACCCGCUACGAUGGAGAUUGUAGUUAAACUGUGGAUAAGGAGAACAUGGUGGAUAGAUUUCUGCAACUUUCCUGAUAAAACUUAA